UCUGAUUUAAUGGAUCAGUGCAGAUGAAAUGAGGUUUGUCUGACUCAGGCAUUUAGUCAGACAUUUUAAUUAGGGUUUGUGUUGAGUUGUGCUCUAUAGUUUGCUGUGACUGGAGGAGGAGCAUCUCACACUCAGACAGAGGAAGUGAACAGAGACCGGAUGUCUAAUAAUAAUAAGCAUUGCAUACAAUACAUCAACUGUCACUUUUACAUGACACUCACACCCUGCAGAUCAAAGAAGAAUGUUCUGUCUUUUUUCAUUGAUUUCUCUGCUCGUGAUUCCUGUGAUCUGCAACAAGGGAUGGGAUAUUAACUACUCCAGUAAGACAAAAUGUGCUCUAAAGGGCUCAACAAUAACUUUAUCAGGCACUUAUAAACACCCAAAUCAUCUCACAGUGACAGAGAUAUUCUGGACUGUAAACCCAUCUCAAGGCAAUAGUAUCAAUCUGAUGACUCUUCCUGAUUACAGAGACAGAGUUCAGUUCUUCCAGAAUAAAGAAAACAGAAUAUUUUUUCUCAAACUCAGUAAUGUGACACAUGAAGAUGAAGGAAUGUACUGCCUCAGAAUCGUGACAGAUGUAGAAGAUCAAAGAUUUCUGGGUUAUCCUGGGAUUGUGCUCAAUGUGACAGAGCUCAGAGUGGAGAUUCCUGCAGAGAUCAUUGAGGGAGCAUCACCUGUUUUAUUUUGUAGGACCACCUGUGACCUAUCAGAUAAAACAGACUUCACCUGGUAUAAAAAUGGCAAGCGUUUAUCAGAAUCGAUCGUCUCGGAUCAGCUGUUGCUGCGGUCGGUCAGGAGAGAUGAUACGGGAAACUACAGCUGUGCACCGAGAGAUCAGAAACAUCUGUCGUCUCCUGCCGUCACUCUCAGCGUCAGAUAUCCUCCACAGAGCGUCUCGGUGUCCAUCAGUCCGUCUGGUGAAAUAGUGGAGGGAGAUUCAGUGACUCUGAUCUGCAGCAGUGAUUCAAACCCUCCUGCUCUCAUCUUCAGAUGGUUUAAGGAGAAUCAAAACUCAGCUGUUGGAUCUGGACAGAGUUUCAUCAUCUCCAGCUUUAACUCCAGUCACAGCGGACGCUACUCUUGUGAGGCUCAGAAUCAACAUGGAUCUCAGAGAUCAGACUCUGUUUCAGUCGCUGUUGAAGGGACUCAGAGAGCUGUUCUACAAACAGUUACUGGGACUGUGGCAGGAUUGAUCAUCAUCAUCAUCAUCAUCAUCAUUGUGUUCAGGAGUAGGAAGAGGAAGAGAGAAUGUGGAACUGAAGACGUGAAUCAAAAGCAGACGGCUGACUCGAGUGAUGAUACAUACACAGCUCUGGAUCCAGCGUCCAGAACAUCAGCUGACAUUUACAGCACGAUCAGAUCUGGUGACUUCAGACCUCCUGAUGACACCUACACGGCUCUCGAUCUUCAGGCCAGAUCCUCUGAUUAUGAGACUCUAGCAGUAACUUCAGCACAUCCACAUUAAACUCUCCUCACAGAAUUACUGCUCAGAUGGAAAUACAGAUGCUCCCCAGAAACUCAUAAUUUGAUGCUUUGUUUAUUAUAAGUAAUUUUCUU